UCAGUUGGAGCUCAAUAGUUGAUCUGAUCACAUCCAAGGGACUUGCUGCAAGACGAGAAGCUGAGAUUUGAAGCCGCGCAAAGAAAGAGCUCGGUCGCUUCGCUCCUUCCGUGUUCAGGCACUUUUUAACUUUUGACUUAUUUUCCUUCGCCUUUUUUUUGUGGAGUCUUGAUUUUUGUUCGUUUUGGGCACGGCGUGGCCGAGGAGAUGUCUUUCCCCCAGCUGGGCUACCCACAGUAUUUAAGUGCCUCCCAAGCGGUGUAUGGCGGGGACAGGCCGGGAGUUUUGACUCCCUCCAGCCGCGGAGGCAGCGCUGAGAUCGGGUCCAGCCCUUCGGCGGCUGCUGCUGCGGUCAGCUCGGUGCUGGGCAUGUAUGCCAACCCGUACUCAGCCCAGCAUUAUAGCGCUUUCCUUCCCUACACUAGCGCCGACCUGGCGCUCUUUUCGCAAAUGGGCUCUCAGUAUGACCUAAAAGACAGUCCAGGCGUACAUCCAGCCAGCUUCGCUGCACACACAUCUCCGGCCUUCUACCCAUACGGCCAGUUUCAGUACGGUGACCCAGCCCGGCCUAAGAAUGCCACCCGGGAGAGCACCAGCACGCUGAAGGCCUGGCUAAAUGAGCACCGGAAGAACCCGUACCCCACCAAAGGCGAGAAAAUCAUGCUGGCCAUCAUCACCAAGAUGACCCUCACGCAGGUGUCCACCUGGUUCGCCAACGCCAGGAGGAGGCUGAAGAAGGAGAACAAGGUGACGUGGGGGGCAAGGAGUAAAGAGGACGAAGAUGGAAACAUUUUUGGCAGUGACAACGAGGGUGACGCCGACAAGCACGAGGACGAGGAGGAGAUUGAUCUGGAAAGCAUAGAUAUCGAUAAGAUUGACGAUAACGACGGAGAUCAAAGCAACGAGGACGAAGAGGAGAAGGCAGAGGCCCGCGAGCGAGUGGACUUGGAGAACCUGGAGAAAAGGCGGGUUCUUGCACUACAAGCACACGAGGUUUUCGAAAAAUCUAAAAACUCUCUUUCUGUGGGAAAAGACUCAUCUGACAGCAACAACAACACGAGGGUACUGUCUCCGGGUGAACCGGGCAGUUUUCCGCUUCCGGUGAACAAUAAGCCAAAAAUAUGGUCCUUAGCAGAGACUGCCACUAGCCCUGACAGCUCUCAGAAACCCACGUCACCCUCUGGCCCUACCGGUCCCACAGCGGCCCAGCUCCAGCACCCGGCCUUCCUGUCGAGCCACGGACUUUACACAUGCCAGAUUGGGAAAUUUCACAACUGGACAAAUGGCGCUUUCCUGGGCCAGAACUCCCUGCUCAAUGUCAGGUCUUUCCUGGGAGUAAAUCAGCAUCACCAUAAUCACCACAGCCACCAGUUCCACACGCAGCAGCCUUCCGCAGUGCUCUUGUCAUCGGUAGCGUCGCUAAGCCGCGAAAGCAGUCCAGAGGAUCUCAGUCCCAAACACUCAGAUCGGGAAAAUGUAGGAACUGAAUCGCCAACACAACCCUUGAAGUCAUCAUUCCGACCAAUCCAUGAAAGCCCCAGAAAUCAACAAGAGGCGACGCAACGAGUUCUGACAGCCCUGUCUUCCGCCUGAUUCAGACUGCGUGUCUGAGAAGAGACUGUUUGCCUUCAUGAGCGGACUCUAAAACAUGCCCGUGUAUCAGAACAAGAGAAAGAAAGGAGAAAAUCAAGGGAGUGCAUCUUAAGGAGCCCGAGGAAGGACUCUCUCUCUUACUGUACAUAAAACCCCCGUGAUAUCCACCCUUUUCCUGGGGAGGUUUGGUUGGCUUUUUGUCUUUCCCGUGUUGGUGUCUUUCCCUUUGUAAAUACAGUGAUACAAUGAAUUUGUAAAUAGAGCGUUGACGGAGUUUGUUCAGAUCAUAUAUUUUGUUUAAUAAACUAAAUGAAA